AAUUCCAGUUUUCAUUUCGCUUUUCGUGAAACAAUGUGACCACCAUGUUUAUUUUUUAAAACCUCCGGAUUAUCCUUCGUUGAAGGAGAUUCGUUCCAACAUGUCGAACUUUUCGAGGAACCAGAAUGAGUUGCAGGAGCUUUUGAAGCUGGCGGCCAACAGUCGGUGCGCAGACUGCGGAGCUCCGGACCCAGAGUGGGCGUCCUACAAACUGGGUGUUUUUGUGUGUCUGACCUGCUCCGGGAUCCAUCGCGGCCUGUCCAGCCGGGUCAAAUCCAUAAAGCUGGACUUAUGGGAGGAUGAACAUGUGGAGUUCAUGAAGUCCAAAGGCAAUGACAGCGCCAGAGCUCUGUAUGAGAAGGCUGUUCCUGUGUACUACUAUCGGCCCCGGGAAAAGGACUGCGCAGUCUUGAGAGAGCAAUGGAUUCUUGCAAAAUAUGAACGGAAGGAAUUCACAGGAGAAACCAAAUAUCCCCCUGUUUCAUACACCGCAGGUUUCUAUGAGGGCAUGCUGUGGAAGAAAGGUAAAGACAACGCCCAGUUUCUAAAGAGGAAGUUUGUGCUGUCAGAUCGGGAAUUCACCCUGACCUACUACAACAAGGAAAAUGAGUCCAAAGGCCCAAAAGCUGUAAUCCCCAUCAAGGACCUGAACAUCACCUUUCAACAGGAGAAGAUUGGUCAUCCUCACGGGCUGCAGAUCACCUUCCAAGACGGCAACCACACCAGGAACCUCUUUGUUUAUCACGAGAGCGGCGAGGAAAUAGUGACAUGGUUCAACGCCAUUCGUGGAGCUCGCUAUGCCUACCUGAAGGCCGCGUACCCGACAGGACGUGACGAAGAACUGAUACCAAAGAUAACAAGAAACUACCUCAAAGAGGGAUACAUGGAAAAGACGGGGCCGUCGCGGAAGGAGCCUUUCAAAAAAAGAUGGUUUACUUUGGACUCUCAAAACAGGAAGUUGCUGUACUUCAAAGGACAACUGGACGCCGAGGAGUUGGGGGUCAUUUUCAUCGGCACAGAGAGCAAGGGUUACUCUGCCGAGGAGUGCGAUCAAAUGCAUGCUCGGGGGAACAAGUGGAAGUGCGGCGUCGCAGUGGGCACGCCCCGCCGCCAAUAUGUCUUCAUGUGCGAGCAGGAGAGAGAGCAGAAAGAGUGGCUGGACGCCCUGAGACAGGUGCUCUCCAGGCCCAUGGCCCCGCAGGAUUACACCAUUGAAUCCAAUAUUAGUUAUUAAAGAGAAACAACGGAGAGGAGAGGCGACAGGAUGGCGGGGAGAAGACCUCAGCGCUUGAAGUCACAUGUGAAUGAACUGUUGGAUCACCAGUGAGGAGCAGUCGCCUGUUGUCACAGCACUCCACCAGAACUAACUCAUCUUGUUGUUGUGGUAAAGCCUCUGGACGGUUCUCUGGGCCAGAGUACGGAGUGUAGACUUUCAGCUUCCGACUUCAACUGACACCGGAACUGAUGGUAGAUCUCUGAAAACACUUCAUCGUUGUGUGAAAUCCACUUUUAUGACCAAAAAUACAAGUACAAGAUCAACACUGUUACGCUGUCAGAGAAUUAUUAUUAUGGAUUAUGCCAUUUUCCUAAUGUUCUUACUUUUUUAUUUUUCAGUAAUGCAAUGAAUACUGUAGUAAAAUGUUAGUAUUUUCAUUUUUGGUGUCCUAAAAUGUGGGAAUCUGACCUCGGAAUAUUUUAUGUUAUCUCAGAUAGUUUGUUUGUAAGGUAUCAUAAUCAGCUUCAUUAUGGCCAAUUCUUUAAAAUAAAAUGUUAGAAUAGAUUAAUAUUACAUUGAUCACACUAUAAAUAUAAAAAAAACAAGCAAGGUGCUGUCCAUAAAGCCAACAUGAUCACGGGGAAAUUAAGCUUUUAAAAAAAAUCAAUUUAUUGUUAUUUCUCUUCUAAUAUUGUGAAAGGGAAAUAAGCCUGUUCCGUCCUGCUUUGAUGAUUUAUUGUGGUUUAUCUAUCAUUUUAAUGCAGUUCCUCUACUUGUAAUAUAACAUGUAAUAACAAUAGAU